AUGGCGGACGUCACUGAGCGCGGAAGAGAUUUCGCACCCGGCGCCGACAAUGAGAAACGUCGUACCUCGUCAUCCUCAAGAACAGAGACUGGUGGGGAAAAUGUAGACAGGCAUGAGCAGAUCAAAGCGGAACGACUAUCAAGCAUGGGAGGAGAGAAGGUCGAACUCACUGAAGCCGACUGCUACGAUGAACUGGGCUACUCUUUCCCAACCUGGAAGAAAUGGACUAUCCUCGGGAUCAUCUUCAUGGUUCAAGUCUCGAUGAAUUUCAACACGUCCCUGUAUUCAAACGCUCUACAUGGUAUCUCGGAGGAAUUCCAUGUCUCGCUACAGGCUGCACGACUUGGUGCUGCGCUAUAUCUCAUCACAUACGCUUUUGGCUGUGAGUUGUGGGCUCCUUGGUCUGAAGAGCUGGGUCGAAAAUGGGUUCUGCAAGCCUCGCUGUUUCUCACGAAUAUCUGGCAGAUCCCUGUUGCGUUGGCUCCCAAUUUUGGUACCAUUCUUGUCUGUAGAUCUCUAGGUGGUCUGUCGACUGCUGGCGGUUCUGUCACUCUAGCCAUGGUCGCAGAUAUGUGGGAGGCUGAUAACCAGCAAUAUGCAGUGGCCUUCAUCGUAUUCUCGUCUGUUGGCGGCUCAAUUCUGGGUCCUAUCAUAGGAGGUUUUGUCGAGCAGUACGCCAUCUGGCAAUGGAAUAUCUGGAUUCAGCUAAUCUUUGGUGUAUUCGUCCAAGCCAUCCACUUGUGGGUACCAGAAACACGAUCCACAGUCAUGAUGGACAAGAUCGCCAAGAGACGUCGCGAGAGUGGUCAACAACCCAAUGUGUACGGUCCCAACGAGCUUCUGACAUUCAAGGAACGAUUUUCAGCAAAGGAGAUCAUGAUCACCUGGAUUCGACCUUUCCGCAUGUUCGUGACAGAGCCAAUUGUAUUAACCUUGUCGCUGUUAUCGGGGUUCUCUGAUGCCCUUAUUUUCAUGUUCAUCCAGUCGUUCGCGAUUGUGUAUGCUCAGUGGGAUUUCCAGGCAUACGCCAUUGGACUGGCUUUUUGCGCGAUUGGUGUGGGCUAUCUCCUGGCCUGGUUGUCUUUCUUCCCAGCCAUCAAGCGAAACAUCCGACAACGAGAAGAGCGCCCAGAUGACGAGCGUGUGCAGUAUGAGGGUCGACUUUGGUGGCUACUUUACACCGCGCCUUGUUUGCCUAUCGGUUUGAUCAUUUUUGCCUGGACUUGUACCGGUCCACCACUACACUGGAUCGGAUCGAUGAUCGCAGCUGCAAUUGUGGGUGUCGCCAAUUAUGCAAUUUACAUGGCCACAAUCGACUACAUGAUUUGCGCUUAUGGACCAUAUUCUGCUUCGGCUACAGGUGGUAAUGGAUGGGCUCGAGAUUUCCUUGCAGGUGUAUUGACACUACCAGCUACGCCCUUUUUCAACAAUAUCGGCUCCAAUCCUCUUGCUUACGCAACCACGAUUCUUUUCGCCAUUUCGGCUGUUCUUGUCCUGGCCGUCUAUGUCAUCUACUGGAAAGGACCAGUUCUUCGAGCACGAUCGCCGUUCGCUCAACAACUUUCAGCCGCUCGACAAGAUACCGAUGGCAAACGUCUUUCAUAUGUCCCAUCCGCUCCGGCACGACGAGCAAGUAGAGCUUUCUCGAGUGGUGGCGAGUCUGAAGCGGAAAAAAGACCAGGCUUUAGCAGAAAUAGCAGUCAGGCACGUACAAAUCAACAACGACGGGUUAGUGGGAUGGGCGGAUCGAGGAGAAGCAGUCUGCAGGAGGAGCGACGACGAAGUCGUGAGGCUGUCUAA